AUGCAAAUUAAUCCAAUGGAAAAAUCAUCCUUUGUGCAAACCAGAAUUUUCCCACCAAAACCUACAAUUUUUAGUCUAGAAAAAAAUGAUGAUUUCUUAAAUACACAUAAUGAAGGCUUUUUAAUUUUAUCCUAUUGUUUUGCCAUAUCCCUCUUUAUGUAUAUUGUGCUUAAAAAUCUGUAUUAUUUGUACAUUUUUAAGAGGACACGAAUAAAAAUCAUCGAAUCAUUAAAUAAUGAUAACAAUGUAGAAAAUGAGAUAGAAGAAAUGAAAAGGGUAAAAAAUUUAAUUAUGGAACAAGUAAUACAUGAAUUAAUGAGAAAAAGUAUUAUUUCAAAAAGAAGGACAAGAAAAGAUAUAGAAACUGAUUUAUCACAAAAUGUGAGAAAUGAAGAUAUGAACUUAAAAGAAAAUGAAAUAGAAAUGACUCAAGUAGAAACCUUAAAACAUUUAAUACAUAAUAAUUUAUUAACGGAAUUUCAUGACACAAAAGAAAAAAAUUUGGAAUCUUUUAUAAAAUUCUUACAACAACUUAUGACAUUAGAAAAGAAUGAAAAAGAAUUUUCUAACAAUAUAUUAGUAAAAGAUCUAAUGGAUUAUAUAAUAAAUAUAGGGAAAAAAGAAAUACAAAAAUCAAAUACACAAUUGUCUCAAAAUUCUUCACAAAAUUAUAUACCUUCAAAUGAAAAUGACAUAUAUAUAUUUCAAAUUCAGGUUAUAAAAGAAUUAUUAAAAAAUAAUAUUAUUAUUACACAUUCAAAUGAUGGAAAACAAUUAGACGAUGAAAUAAUAACAAAAAUAUUAGAAGAAAGUUUAAUGUCACAAGCAAAUGUAGUCGAAUAUUUUUAUAUAGAAAUGAUAAAAAAUAUAUUAGGUAAUGAUUAUAAUGAACUAAAUAAUAUAAGUUAUACUCAUGAUGAUUUGUAUUUACAAAAAUAUGAAAAAGAAUUAAUCAAAAAGAAAUUAUCACAAUAUGCAUAUAAAAAUAUGAAUACAAAACAAAAUAAUAAAUAUGUACAAGAUAAAACAGUCAAUAAACAUAUACAUAAAAAUCAAAUUGAACAAAAUGAAAAUACUACAAAUUUAAUAGAAAAAGAAAACACAUUUGAAAAAACUAAUAAAUUCGACAAUAAUGGAAUGAUACAAAAUAAUAUACCCAUACAAAAUGAAACCAAUGAUGAAUCUAUGAAAAAUAUAAUACAACAUAAGGAACUCUUAAAGAAUCAUGAUAAAGAAAAUAAAAAUGAAGAAAUAGAAAACAUGAAUCAACAUAAAAAAGAAGAAUGCAAUUAUAAUGAUAAAAAAAAUGUAACGGAACAUUCAAAAAAAUCACGUAAAAAUUUUAAAAGAAAAUGUAUGAAAAAAAGGGAUAUAAGACAUUUGUAUCAAAUUGACAAAUUGCAAGAUAAAAUUUUAAAAAAUUUAAUGGGACAAGAUUCUAUUGAAUCAGACUCGAAAAACAACGAUAUACAACAAUUAGAAGAACAAAAAAGUGAUAUACAAAAUGAAAAAUUAAAUACAUCAAACGAACAAGAGGAAACAAGAAAUACAAACAAUGAACAUAAAGAAAAUGAAGUAAACAUGGACCAAAAUAAUAUGAAGUUAAAUAUAUAUAAUUUAAAUAAUCAAGACAUACAAAAUCAUUAUGAUAAAAAUGUUAAGGAAAAAUUAGAAGAAGAAAAUAUUUUAUCGGAUAAUAUUAUAAAACCAGAAGGAAGUAUGGCGUCCGAAGGUAGCUAUUCAUCCUAUGAAUCUAUAUACCCGUAUGGAAGUAUGGCUGCAGAAGGUAGCUAUUCAUCAUAUGAUUCUAUAUAUCCCGAGGGAAGUAUGGAUACAGAAGGUAGCUAUUCAUCAUAUGAAUCUAUAUAUCCAGAUGGAAGUAUGGCUGCAGAAGGUAGCUAUACAUCAUAUGAUUCUAUAAAUCCAGAGGAAAGUGUGACUCCUGAAGGGAACAAUUCAACAUCUGAAACUAUAAAAGAAGAAGAUAAUAUGACAUCACAAAAUAAUUAUUCAUCAAAUGGAAGUUAUAAUAGUGAAGAAGAUAAAGACAAUAUGGAUAAAAUUAAAAUGUAUGAUGAAAUAAUACAAAAUGGAUUAAUAGAUAGAAUAAAUAAACCCAGAACUUUUGAGAAAAAAAUUGAAAAAUGUAGACGUUAUAGUAUCUUAACAAAUAGAGAAAAUAGAACAUAUUUAUCAAAUUGGAAUAAUGAAAAAAUCGAUAUAAAGGAAUAUGAAAAUAAAUCAGAAGAAGAAUUAGAACAAUGGAAAAAUAAACAAUGGGAAGAUUGGAAAGUUUAUUUGGAAAAACAAUGGAGCGUGUGGUUAGAAAUAAGUGAAAAUGAUAAAAUCGAAUGGUUGGAAGACAAAGAAAGAGAAUUCAGAAGUUACAUAAAAUAUAUUUAUAAUAUCUGGUUUAAAUGGUUAAAAAAAAGGAAAGGUGAACUUACUGGUGAACAAAAACCAUGGAUGACAUGGAAUGAACAAGAAUGGGAAACAUUUUUUGAAACAAGAUAUAAAAAGCAAUUUUUAGAUGAAUGGUAUGAUAUGUUAAAAUAUAUGGAUAAAAUUUUAAAUAUAAGAAAGUAUACAUUAUGGAAUAAAUGGAAAGGGAAAAAACUCACACAAUGGUUAAUGCAAGAUUGGAAACUUAUAGAAGAUGAUGAAUGGGAAAAAUAUGAAGAAGAUAAAAGUUGGUCAAAACGUUUUGAUAUGAAAAAAAAAAAUGAAUGGAAAAAAUGGAGAAACAGAAUUUUUAAAGAAUAUAUCGAAUGGAAAGAAUGGAUAUAUUAUAAAGGUCAAAGUGCUAAUGUUUCAGAUGUGAGCUAUUGGGAAGAAUGGAAAGAAAAGAAAACAAACGAAUUAAAGGAAUGGCUUGACGCAUUGACAAAACAAUGGAUGCUUCAAGGAAAAUGGAAGGAAUUAAUUAGAAACCAAGAAUAA